GCAACGGUCCAAUCGACGAGUUUGAAACCUACCCUCUGCCAACGGUCGGCUUCGGAGCGGUACGCAUGGCGGCGGCGGCGGCGAGAAACCUGGCGGCGCUAGACGCGGAGACUCUGGCGCUGCUGGGGGCAGGGCCCGAUAUGGCGCCGGUGGCCGUGUGCGGCGAGUGGGAGACCUUCAAGGAGAACGUGCGGCCGCUGAAACGCGGGCGGAACGUCGGCCUCCUCAACCAAGCCCUCAAGGCGCACACCGACCCCGCCCAGCGCGCCGCGCUCCUGGCCGAACGCGGGAGGAUGAUCCAAGCAAUCGAAGAGUACCAAGGGGAAGAUCCGCUCCAGCCGUGGGUAGACUGCAUCAAAUGGGUCCAGGAGUCGUUUCCAGCCGGCGGGGAGUUCUCAGGGCUGGUCGUGAUCUACGAGCAGUGCGUGCGUGCCUUCUGGCAUGACGAGCGGUACAAGGAUGAUCUCCGGUACCUCAAAGUGUGGUUAGAAUAUGCUGGGAACUGUUCGGACGCUGAGGUGAUAUUCAGGUUCCUGGAGUCCAACCAGAUUGGUGAGGGCCAUGCUGUUUUCUACAUUCGCUAUGCAUUGCUAAUGGAGUCGAAGAACAAGCUUAAGAAAGCUGACGAGAUCUUUAAUCUUGGAAUAGCUAGGAAAGCAAAGCCUGUGGAGAAGUUGGAAACUACAUACAGGGCAUUUCUUCGGAGAUCAACCAGAAAGAAGGAACACGAGGAUGAUACCGCAAGUGAUGAUCAGCCCGUACGCAAAUUCGGUAGUGACUUGAACCGUGGUGAAACUAGAGGUCAGCAUGCAGAGAAUUCCCACCUGUUGGCAAAACCUAGGGUAAAGCUGCAAAGAAUCGAUGUUAAUACACCGAUUUCAAUUUACAAAGAGAACCCAUUGCCAAGUCAGGGCCUUGAGAGAGCUAGGAGCAAAGACAGGGCGUGGAACACCCUUGGAACACAAGCAGAUAGAAACAAAGAAAAUAACAUGAUGCCUGCCAGAUGGACUUCGCACAAGAUUCCACCGAAGGUAGCAGCACGGCCAGCAGUUCCGCCAGCUCGUGUCAGCUCCAUUGAGGUCUUUAUAGAUGAAGAAUGUGCCGAGGAACCAGCCCCGCCUCAAGUGCCAAAGAGUCCAAAACCAUCUGUUCUGAAGCUUAGGCAAGCAACAAGCAAAAACCUUAAGAAGGAAACUGAAUUGCUUAAGGAGAACCCGCUGCGCAACUUCCCGCUGAGCAGCCUUAGAUAAUUAACAGUCAUAUUGUUGAUGACUUGUUGUUUGAAUCUGUGCCUCUAUGCCAAAUAAGCUUUAGACUCUAAAGCUUAUAGAUGCGCCAAGCAUAUGUAGGCUUGAUUGUUGUGAUCCAUGUACACUAGUUUGAUUGAUUAAUCCUCAUCGAGGUGAGGAUUGAAUAAAUUUUCCGUUUUGUCACAAA